CUGUCGCAAAUAGGAUUUGCCCAAGAUUUUCGAGCAUGGCGACUGGUCGUCGCGUUGCCUGUGGUGCUGCUUUCACUGGAGCAGCAUUGGUGACUGCUCCAAGUUUUGUUGCUCCCAGCAGCAUCCCUCGAGUUGAAACCUCUGUCCAGCGGUCAACUGCGCAGCCCCUGAAAGGAUCUGUGCACAUCUCAAGUUUGGCAGUCGCAGGUGUUGUCACUAGCGCACUGGCCGCCGUGCGCGCUGGCAAGCCGUCCAAGACGGCUCGGCAAUUCUUCGGGGAUAGCAGCAGCAGCUAUGUCAGCUUCGACCCUGCGAAAGAAUUGGGAGUGCAGGAUCCUAUCGGCUUCUGGGACCCCCUCGGGCUGAGCGCAGACAAGGACGAGGCAACCUUCAAGCGCCGGCGGGCGGUAGAGAUCAAGCACGGCCGGAUUGCUAUGUAUGCAACCAUUGGCUACAUCGUUCCGGAAUACUACAAGUUCCCUGGAUACCUUUCGCCAUCUCUUGGGCUUAAGUUUGCCGAUGUGCCAAAUGGCCUUGCGGCCUUGUCCAAGCUACCCGUCCUUGGCGGUGCCCAGAUCAUUGCCUUCGCUGGUUUGAUUGAGACAACUGGGUUCUUCCAGGCAGCUUCCACCACGGAUGGACGCGGCCCUCGUGAGGGUCAGUUCAGCAUGAAGGAUUCCACUGAGACAGGCGAGCCAGGCAACUACGGCGUCGGAUUUCCCACCUUUUUGGGCAAGGUUGAGGACCCUGAAGCGCGCAAGACCAAGUUGGCUGCCGAGCUAGCUAAUGGACGGCUUGCAAUGAUGGCCACUUGGUGGUUGUGA